UUUUAUUCUGAAUUACUAACUAUACAAAAUAAAAGAAUUAACUGAAUGACAGAUUCUGUUUCUGUUGUAUUAAGGAAAUAUACAUUUAUUCAGAGAGAGCAACUUCAGAUGCACAAGAACACAACAUUGUCGGAAUGUAAGUAAUGAUAUCAAAUAAUCCAUCUUCCUACAAACUGAGAGCUUCAAAAAGCUCAAGGGAUAUUCACGACUAUGAUUGUGGUAAUUCAGACGAUAAUUACGAAACUAACGUGGAGGAUGAUAUAAGUGAUUCUACUCGAAGAUAUCCUUUUACUCGUGAUGGCCGUUAUAGUAAAGGAACUGGACGAUCUCGUUCUACUGAAUUUAGAUCCAGUAGAAUUGGUGAUCGAAGAGGAGGAUUUAGAGGCAGGGGCUCGAGUAGAAGAAAUGAUCGAGAUUAUUCUGACAGUUUUUAUGCUGUAAGAAAAUAUGAAAGUACGAGAAACUCCGAUUCAGGUGGACAUCGUGGCAAAUUUUAUGAAUCGGAGAAAAAAAGUGACAUCAAAUUAAAUCUGCCAGAGGAUACAAGGAUAUCUAAACUACUUCGUAGAUUGAAUAUUGAAACUGAUCAAGAAAAUUCAUUGGUUAUUUCGAAAAAAUUAUUGGAAGUUUUGUUGCUGCCUGACAAUGCACACUAUGUUCGUAAAGCCUUUCACAUUUUGGGAGAGUCUAUGUUUGAGAUUUUGCAUGUGUCACCGGGUCCCUUGGCUAAACAACAAGCAGCAAGAGCCUUGGGCCGUAUGGGUUACAUAAUGGGACAAGAGAAUGAUUUUGAAAGGUAUCAACAUUGGCUAUUUACGAAAAUGAACAAUGCAUAUGAAGAAAUACAAAUUUUACUGAUGAAAUCAUUUAAGGAAACUUUAACGCUGGAAAGAAAGAAACAGGUUUUAGAGAGCCAUGUAGAAAAUUUUAUCAAUAAUUUAGUUGGGGCUAUCGAAACAACAGAGAACGCAGAAGUGUUUAAAACUAUUUUAGAUAUUUUAGUUACCCUCGUAGAAAUGUAUCCUACAGAAUUUUAUGAUCAGUUUCGAGAUACUAUUGAUUUACUGUUUGGAUGGCACGUAGAUCACACUCAACCUCUUUGUAACAUUGAGUUCAUAUCAAAAAGUCUUCAGAAAAUAUCUCAUCACUUUAAAUACAAUUUGGAAUUUUCCGUUCAACUCAUCGAAAACUUUUUGGAAGACAUUACCAAUUAUGCUACUCUUUUAACGGAAAGUGGAGAAAUAAGUACAGUUGAUCACGUUACAGUUUUGAUUCUCGCUAUGAAUACUGUUUUGAAAUGUCUAGGAACAUCUUUUCAUCCCACGAACAACAAGCACGUAAAACUUGAUUUUAUCAUUACUUGUCUGACACGCAUUAUAAAAACCAUUACGGAUGCCUUGGAAACUUAUUUGUCAGACAAUCUAACAAUUGCCGGAAAUGAUUGCAUAUCAAUUUUAAUUGGAUAUUUGGAUAAUAAACCACAAAGUAUUUGCAAUUUAAUUUAUAAAUUAAUCGAUCAGGAAAUGUUGAUGAUACACGAUUUAUCCGACUCCACAAUCAUUUCAUUACUUUUGAUGAUUUCAAAAAUUAUCAAAGAAUUGUCUGCUAAUUUGCCAAUAGAAUUAAUAGACAAAUUAAUCGGACCAAAAUCGGACAUUGUUAAAUUACGUUCGUCCCCGUUUAAAAAUAUACAAGAAUCAGUUAUUUGUGUAUACCAGGCUUUAUUAAAUUUAAAGAAUGUAUCUCUCUUACAAGAAGCUUAUAAAUACGUUUUAGGAGAUCUCGAAGUAUUGUACAAACAAAUUGUUACAAACAUCAAACCAUUCACCCAAAAUAACCCAUUCAGUGAUUUCAAAAUAGAAUGCUCGACACAGAUUGAAUUUAUUAUUCUUUUUCUGUUGAGAUGCUUGUCUCAGCUAGCAAAUGCCAGUUCUAUUAUCGUGAUGUGGGCUUUGAAACCAAGCAUAUUGGAAUUAUUCGGAGUGAAUCUUCAACCGUACGAUCCUAUUUUAGCAAGAACUGCACCAUGCCUACAAUACUGUUUAUUGUUCUUGCUGUAUUCCCACUGCAAGUGUUACAACCAUUUUAUAUCCAACAGCAGUUUAGUCAACAAUAAACAAGAAUUACCAAACAUGCUCAACAGAUUUGCACUAACUGAAGGGCUGAAUAUUAAUGAUGUUCCCAAUACGUCGCCUAACUCUGAAAAUUUUGCCAUAAUAUUGGACGUUAUUUAUAAUACCCUCAAUACGGAAACGUCUUGCGAAGUUAAGAUUCUUUUACUGCAGUGGCUUAAUGACAUUUUGGUUAAUUCAGAGAAUUAUUUGGAAAACUUGUAUGUAAAGGAAAGAUUCCUAAAAGUUGCCGAUGUGUUGGUGAAGUGUGGCUAUCAUUUUAAUGCAAAUGUUACCCUAGCCGUUUACGAUAAUCUGGAUAAGCUACUCUCUAAUAAACAACUUUCGUGGAGUAACAUUUUUCUAUCGAAUGUAAGCGAUUUGUGUAAAUUGCACAUGAACUCGAAUAAGGAUGUCAUAAAGCAGUGCUACACCAAAUUGUGCUCCAAUAUACCUUGGGAUAUCGCCAUCGUUGAACUGAAUAGAACCAAUUCCAUUUACGAUUUAAAACUUAAAAGCACGUACUUAAACGAUUACAACAGUUACAUGGUCUACUUAGCCCAGCACUCUCACUUAAAUGGAUCUAUCGAUGGGGAAAUGUAUCCUCUUCAGUUCAAAACGUUCAUGCAUUACUUAUUAAAAAAUGAAGAAACUAGCGACAACUGGAUGGAAGACCUCUUUUCCUGUUGCUGGGCCGUGGAAUCGGAUUCUCAAAUGAAUAUGGAAUUAUUUUAUGAGUUAGCUACGAAUUCUCGACAAGUUUUGGAGAGUUGGUUGACCUUGGAAGCCGCACAAUUUUGCGUUAACUAUAAAUUACGAACGCCACUCGGGAAACCCAAUGAAACUUUUAUGAAGAUCGAAGGAUCCCUAAAUCAAUUAGGCAACGAGUUGGUCACUCUAAAAAAAAGCGAUGGUCAGAUUGACAACAUCAAAACUAACGUCAAUAGAGUUAAAUUAUUACUAAAAUUCGUCGACAAUCUAGAAAAAUCAAUCUACAAUGCUUCGGAAGGAUGUGCAGUGGCAAUACCUCCAGCUACCAAAGCUGUACGUUCUUUUUUUAUCGCCAACACCAAUACUUGUAAUGAAUGGUUCUCACGAAUUCGAAUGGUUGUAAUGCACGUAGCGUUACAUUCCGGAGAUAUAAAUAUUGCUUUGAGACACGGUCAAUAUUUGCUGAAAGAUUAUGUGACAUUAGGAAAAUGUAAAGAAAUAGAAUUUGAAAGAGUGGCCAUGUUUGUUACGGUGGCGUUUUUACAUCUGAAAGAAGCGGAAUCUUUAUACGGGCUUUAUGCUUGGUGUAAAAUAAUUACUGGAAAGAGAUAUUCCUGGAUAAAAUGUGCUGCAGAACAAGCAUCAAAGAAGUACGAGCUGGCCGUAGAGGGUUACAAGAAAAUUUUACAUAAAAUAUCGGCAAAUCCAGAAGUUGUUACCAACGAAGAUGACUCUAAAUCGGAAUCUGUUGAAGAAUACACCACACUGGACAUAGAUACACAGAAUUUUAUUAAAGAUCAAAUAAUAAUAUGUUAUAAGGAAUUAAGCAACUGGGUUGAUCUAUUUGAGUGGUAUACAGAGGAAACUGAAACUAAUAUGGAGAAUGGUAGGAAAUAUUGGUUCAAUACUACGGAUUGGGAUUGUAACAAAAUUCUGUUUAAUGUGGAGACCGAUCAAGCUUUCGACAAUUUAUCGACUUGGACUUACAGAAACGAAGAAAAAUCUUGGAGUAUUUAUGAAAAUUUGUUAAGAACUGAAACUAAUCUAUAUAAUGUCGCAAUAGGUUUGGCUUUAAAGAAAGAUAAAGACUGUAUUCAUAGACUUGAUAACAGUGUUGCCGUAAUACAGAAAUCGAUCCAAGACAAUAUCAGUUUUUCUCCAUCAGAGUUUUUACAAAAUUAUACUUUAUUGCAGUACGUCGCCAAUGGAUUGAAACACAUCGCACAGGAUAAUUUAGCUCAUACUGCGUUUCUAGUAUCAGAAAACUUUGAAAACGAAUUACAAAAAAUAGAUUCCUGCAUACUUAGAAAGAUACUUUGGUGGUCUGAGUACUUUGGAAAAAUUCAAAAUCAAGGGUUUAACAUUUUUUGUAGUAACUUACGACUGGAUAUUAUAAAAAGAGCAAGAAAGGAAAAGAACUUUAAAAUGGCCGCUAAACAUAUUCAUAGAUUUUUUAAAGACAAGAACGUUACAUUUUCCGACAUAACUGAUUUAAAUAAUUUCUCAAGGUCUUUUAUCAGUCAGUUAUCUGAAAUUAACGUUUGGGGAGUGGACGUAGCAAGAGCCACCGCCGAAGUGAUCAAAUUAUCCUAUUCCUAUGAAGAAGAUCACACUUACACGUUUAAUUUAUGCGCUGCCGCUUCCACAGCCAUAUCUAAGUAUGCGGAAUUAUAUGGUAUCAUGGAGUUACGAAAAAUCAGUAGCAAAAUUCUUCUGAAACUAGCAAACUGGUUGCAAUCCAAUGAAAAUAUUUCAUUAACUGAAAUGUCAAGUCCUUUGGGGAAAUUAAUUAUGGUUUUGCCCGAAAUUGGUAUGAUCGAAAACACAGUCUCAAAUGUAAUUCCUAUGAACGAGACGGCUAUCGGUAAACUUUUACACUUUAGCGUUCACCACUGCGGCGCAUUAGCAAAGAGCUGGAAUGCUUUUGGAACUUGGUGUUACCGAUGGGGAAAGAAAAUUGUUGACCACAGUUCCAACAUUAAAAACAAUCUCAGCGAAGAACAUUGCCUUGAAAUAAAAAAAAAUCUGCCUAAAGAGACAUCCGAGGAGGAUUUAACAAAAAUAUUUUUGAUAUUGUCCCAAACGAGGUCUAUAAUAGAUGAGGAAGAUAUCGAUUCCAAUGAGAUAAAUACUUCAGAAAUGAUACAGAAUCAGUUGCAGUGCGUUAGUGUUCUACGAAAUGCGAGAGAAGAACAGUUACAGAAUCUAAUACAAAUAUGGAGAAGCACCCAGAGAAGGAUAUAUCAUUAUUAUGCUUUAAGCGCCGAAGCUUAUUUUAAGUAUUUACAUUUAGUGUUAAACUCGGAGAACAUCACAAAGAGCACUGAAUGCAAUACCAUAACGAUCACUUUAAGACUUUUAAGGCUAAUAGUGAAAUACGCUCUCGAGUUGCAAAGUAUUUUAGAAGACGGUUUAAAAACUACCCCUACACAACCUUGGAAAGUUAUUAUUCCCCAACUGUUCUCAAGAUUAAAUCAUCCAGAAAGUUAUGUGAGACACCGAGUAUCAGAUUUACUUUGUAGAGUAGCCGAGGAUGCUCCACAUCUUAUCACUUUUCCGGCCGUGGUGGGUGCGUUGGAAGGAGGUCUCAAAUUUGAUUUCUCUGAAAUUAGCCUGCCUAAGGAUUGUUUGUCUCAAAACAAUGAAUGCAACGACGAUAAUGAGCUUAACGGUGACGACGAAGAUAACAAUUACGAAAGCGAUAACGAAGAAUCCGCGAAUACUCUACAGACAUGUUUUAAAACAAUGGUAGAUACGUUAAGCAAGCAGGAUCCUGAAACCAUCAGUCAAGUGCAGACACUAGUUAAAGAACUGAGACGGAUUACUUUACUUUGGGACGAGUUGUGGCUUGGAACUUUAGCACAGCACCAAUCGGAAAUCAGCAAAAGGCAGCAACAGUUAGAAUACGAAAUCGAGAAAGUUAAUGAGAAUGUAAGUUUAAGUAAAGAUGAAAAAGCGUCCCUUAUCAUAGAGAAACAUCGUAUCAUAAUUAAACCCAUAAUAUUUGUUUUGGAACAACUGUUGGACGUAACAAGUGCUGAAGCCGAAACACCUCACGAGAAGCAAUUUCAAGACAAGUAUUUAGAAGAUGUCAAAGACGUUAUAAACAAAUUGAAAAAUCCUGACCAUCCAGAAAAUCCGCAGGAAUCACUAGAACCUUUAAGGUCGUUGCAAAAGAAAUUUCAACAAAAAUUCCACAAAAGGGCCUCUUACUCUUUAAAGAUGCAAGAUAUUAGUCCGGUACUACAUUUACUAAAAAAUACUUUAAUAGCCAUGCCUGGUUUAGCAACAACAGCGAAAAAAAAUAUUACUAUAUCCCAUGUAUCAAAUGUAGUAUCAAUCUUGCCAACAAAAACCAAACCUAAAAAAUUAGUGUUUUAUGGAUGCGACGGACAAACUUACACUUAUUUAUUCAAAGGAUUGGAAGAUUUGCAUUUAGACGAAAGAAUUAUGCAAUUUUUAAGCAUUGCAAAUACAAUGAUGGCCCAAAACACCGAUCCGGCUGGUCACAAUUUAUAUAGAGCUCGGCACUAUUCGGUAAUUCCGCUAGGACCUAGGUCCGGUUUAAUAUCCUGGGUGGAUGGAACAACACCUGUGUUUUCUUUAUAUAAACGUUGGCAGCAUAGAGAAAUGGCUAAACCGAGCACUAAAACAUCAGCAAAUAUAACACCUAGCGUUUUACGUCCCUCCGAACUAUUUUACAAUAAACUGAACCCUUUACUGAAGGAACACGGUGUAAAAAAUAUUGAAAAUCGCAAAGAAUGGCCUUUGAGCAUUUUAAAACAUGUUCUCUCUGAAUUGAUGAGUGAAACCCCUAGUGAUUUAUUAGCGAAAGAGUUGUGGUGCAACUCUAUCACUGCUAACAUUUGGUGGCAAGUGGUGAAACGGUAUUCUUAUUCGGUGGCUGUAAUGAGUAUGAUCGGCUAUAUUAUCGGACUGGGAGAUAGACAUUUGGAUAAUGUAUUAGUGGAUCUUACGAGUGGCGAUGUAGUUCAUAUUGAUUAUAAUGUUUGUUUUGAGAAGGGCAAAACUUUACGAGUUCCAGAGAAGGUUCCUUUUAGACUGACGCCAAAUAUUAGAGAUGCACUUGGAGUUACUGGAGUAGAGGGAAUCUUCAGAUUAGCUUGUGAAAAUGUUUUGAAAACAAUGAGAAAGGGAAGAGAAACGUUAUUGACUUUAUUAGAAGCGUUUGUUUAUGAUCCACUGAUUGACUGGACUAUUGGAGGCGAAGUUCUAGCUGGUACAACAUUUGGAGGAUUAAAAACAAAUAACGCUGCUAGACAAAGCAAAAAAGAUUUGGAAAAAGAAGUGACACUAUCUAUGUUUAAUGUGCGUUGUACAGAAAUGAGAGCUGAGUGGAUCGAAAAUAAGGAAGAAAUAUGUAAUGAAAUUCCAAGUCUAAUGCAACACUUAAACGCUUACGUUGACUUACAUAAUGGAAUAUCGGAACUGGAAAGUCACUUACAAGAUUUACAUCAGCAGCUAGCUUUGAUAAAGGAAGCUGAGGCCCAAGGAGCCAAUAAACAUUCUUUGUACUCCUUACCAUCUCGUUAUGAAGGUUAUCAUAAGUCUCAAACCACAAUGAAUAUUGCUAAAAGUGAAUUACUCAGUAUAAUAAAAGAUGCAGAAAAACAUAUUGAAAUAUAUUCCAAUUUAUUAGAUUUAUAUGAUCGGCAGCAGUUUUCACAAUGGUUAAUGGAAUUAAAGAUUAAUUACAAUGAAAGUAAUAUGUACAUUUUUGAUCUAGUAAGAGAGUUCAUGGAGAAUGCUGGAAAGGCUGAUGUAUUUGUCCAGUGUCAACAAUCAGAAGAUGACGUGUACGAUCUUUCGCGUCGCCUAAAUAUCAGCUUAAGAAAAUGUUUGCAGUUGUAUCAAGAUUAUUUUACUAUUAUCACACAGUGUCCAAAAUCAUAUUUAGAAAAUCACAAAAUAUCUUUAUACUUAAGGUGGUCGAAAUAUCUCCUUGAAAUGAAAACAUCCGAAAGUUGUGAAUUUAUAUAUAAGCAAUUAAAAGAUUAUCACGAAAUGUUGAAAGUUGUCAACUCACCUCAGGCAGUAGCUGUAGCUUUUAGUUUAGAUGCAUUGUACAAGGAAAAUUUAAUGCAAGUCAACAAGUUAUAUGAUGAAUUAGGAAAUAUUAGACCCCCAGAACCAGAGAAUUCCGUGGAGCAAUUAUAUAACAAUGCUAAAGUUGGAAUAUCUACAUUUCUGGGAUGCGAAAAAGGGGCAACUGGUGCUCUGGAAUUUGUGAUCACAAGUGAAUUAAUUCUUCUGAAUCGAAAUUUUUUAAAACUAGAAAUUGCAGCUCAACGUAGUGGAGAUUGGCUUAUUAAAUUGACGUCACGGGAUGGAGAUUGGUUCUUGUAUGAUCUUUUACUUCAUAGUACAAGGGCCGUGGAAAUGAUAAAUAAUUUACCGUUACGACAAGAUUAUGAGGAUCAGAAAUUUUACAAGAUAUUAGCCGGAAUUAAGAUUGCUAAUAACGUUUAUAAAGCACUAUAUGAUUUAAACUUUAAUUUUCACACUAUAAUUCUCCCCGAAUCUAUGAAAAAAAUUCAAGCAGAAGAAAUUUCAGUUUUGCAGUUGAUUUACGAUUUAAAUAAGAUAAUUAUGGAUAAUACAAUUUCAAUUCCAGAAAUGAUUACCCAACUGGAAAAAGUUUUAACAUGCAUCCAUAUACAAAUCGAUAUCAGUAAUACAUAUGAUUAUAUUUUUGAACGUGUGGCUUCAAUGAAGAAACAGUAUCUCACUCUAAUUCCAAACCAAUCAGAAACUUUGAGUCAAGGAAAGAUGCUUUUAAUGGGUUUUAAUGGUCUUUUUGAAAAACCCACUCAAGAAAUAUCUAAUUUGGUGAAUACCUUAGGGAACUUAGAUAUUCCAAAGUCAUGGAAAAAAUUAGACCACGUGAAAGAGUCUAAAAAUAUUGCUCCUCACAUAUUUAAUACGCAGGUGCUUGGAAUUUUAGAAGACAUUUUUUUUUUAAAGAAACUGAAGGCUUUAUCUGACUUUUUUGCCUUGUCACAGGAAAUGUGUCAGACAGUUAAAUGUGGAGGAACAGGCGUGGUAUUUAAUGAUGAGCAGCUUACUAAACCUAUUAAACAAUAUAUUGCCGAAUUUAUUUCAAGGCAGUUACUAGGUAUAUCUCCGGAAACAAUAGCAUAUGCCGUCUGCUUUUUACUGCAAAAUUUAGGAUUAGACGUUACUCACGAAAUUGAGCAGAAGGAUAUUGGUGCAGAAAGUAAGGUACCUUUAGAUGAACUAUACUCUAAAGCAUGGAAUGUUUUACUUAAAAAUGGUACAUUCUCUCAAAAUGUUCUAUCGCAAGCUUCAAGUUUAGAAACCAACUUAAAAUUGGCAUGGGAAAAAAUUCAAGAACCUAAGAAGAUUGAACAAAAACUCUCUAUUUUGCAGUCCAGUACGUUAAGACUACAGAGUCAAUUAGCUGUUCACAACUUAAUAUUUGACCAUAUUUUGAUAUUACACAAUUUUACCUCUGGAAGGGCAAAAUUCAUCCUAGAUAUUCAAAAUGAAAUUGGUUCUUUGCAAAGUAUCUUUAGACAACUAAUGGAGAAAAAGGAGAAGCGGCAAAUUCUCAUUGAAAAAGCUUACCAAAGACUAAACUGGGCAAAGGGUGCUAAUCCAAAUGUUGGUCAAAUAUCAGCAGCAUUUGAAAGUGCCGUAAAAAUCAGGGAAGAUCAACUAAAUCUGGAACAGAAAAUAGCAACUAACAUUUUAUCGACCUAUCCCGUAUUAUUGCAACACGAGUUACUCAGAACACCCUCUCUGGAUUCCACAAAAGAUUUUGAUAAGCUGUUUCUGAAUUGUUUUGAUAAAUGGCGCCAAACUUGUCAAUUUAUUGAUUCUAAAACUGAGUCAUUAUUACCAGUUGAAGAAAGUAUCUUAAAUAUGCUUACACCAGAAUUGAUUAAAGAUCCUAAAUGGCUACAAAAAAUAUCCGAGUAUAUAACGGAUGAAAUUACUGAAGCACAGAAAAAGUUACAGCUGAAAAGAGACACAAGUUUUACAGAUAGUGAUAAGAUUAUAUCUCUAAUGGAUAACUUUAGAACACUUUACAAUAUUCAUUGCAAAUUUAUGUCUGAUGUAAAAGGUUUAAUUAAAAUAAUGGUGAAAAUAGACGACUAUAGCCUUCCUACACAGAACUUUGUUCAGGCCUAUCGUGAAUAUAUCGAGCAUUUUUCAUUGCUAUUUUCUCAAUUUAAAAAAGAGAUCAACAAAGUUGAGAUCAAGGACGCAUUAAGACAUUUAGAGUAUAUCGAGGAACAUACAGAACUUAUAUACAAUGAAUUACUAAGUUUAGAGAAUGUGAAAAAGGGUCAGCUUUUCACUACCCAAAAUUGCCCAAGUCCUAAUAAGAUGGUAACCCAGAAAGAAAUCACAACAAAAGGACAACAGAGAAAUGCAUACGCGGUUAAUGUAUGGCGCAGAGUUAAAAUGAAAUUAGAAGGGAGAGAUCCAGAUCCUGGCAGAAAGUGCACUGCACAAGAACAGGUGGACUAUGUUAUUCGUGAGGCAACUAGUCUAGAUAAUCUGGCCUUGUUAUAUGAGGGCUGGACGCCAUGGGUGUGAAAAGUUACAUAAAUGGCAGUAAACCUGCCUGGAUCUCCUUCGGUACUAGUAGAGCGUCAGCGCAUGAGUUGCGAAAGCAUGGAAGAAGCAGCAUCGCCAUCUAACUAUACUUGCUUGUCCAGGUCAAGUUGCUUAGUUUUAUUGUUUUUGCAUGAAACAAUAUAAAACAGAAUUAAAUUGUAUGAAGUCGGAGCAAUGCAGUAUUAGAUAUUGCAACAUCAGUAAAACUUUGCUACUUGCAAAUAGUAAAGUAUUUCAAAGUUAAUGCUGCUUUUUAUUUUAAUUAUCAACGGUAAUUGUCAGAGUUGGCAAGUAUAAUGUAAUGCCUAGGUGGCAGUAUCUGUGUGUCAAAAAGUCUUUUACGUGUGUUGAAAGACUCCUGGUUUCUGAACAUGUGCACACACACAACUCUAUUUAUGCAAAAACAAUUUUUAUAUUGUAUUUCAUCAAAAAUAGAUAAUGGAAUCAAUUUUUUUGUUUCAAACCAGUAGAAAUGAAGGUUUCACAUUUUGCUCAACUGAUUUCCGUUCACACAUCAGCAAAUUAUUGGUUUACAUUUUUUUUUUUGUUUAAUCCAAAUAUAUGUAUAUUCUUUUUUCUAUCCCUAAUUAUUGACAAUGAAAUUAAAAAUGCAGUGUAUAGAAUUGCUACUGUGUAAUUUCAACAAUAUAUAUGUAACUCAUUAAACAACAUUGGAGUGAAUGUUUUUAAUACCUUUGAAUCUUCUAGACACAGUUUUAGAUGUUCUUACUAAAUAUUUAUAAUCAUUAAAAUUAAAAUAUAAUAAUUCCUUAAAUUCUUUUUGUAGGUGUAAUUGUACUAACCAUAUGUUAUAUUAUUUACUAGGGUAUUUAUUAUUUUCAUGUAAUUUUUUUGAAAUUGUAAUAAACAUUAUACUUUUCAAAUGGAAUAUUCAAAACUUUCUUAGAUCUUAAUUCAUGAAACAUUAAAUGUUGUGGAUGUUUAUUAC